AUGGGUCUACGUAUCCAGAACAUCCCGAAUUUACCUGGCGGAAACAUUUCGUUGAUUUCAUCGUCCCUACUCAAUGGCAAGACGAUAUACGCGCUUGCGGGCCACGGAGAAGAUCUUAGUUUCGCGACUAAGAGAAGCUGCAACUGCGAAGAAUGCGAAUCGAGCUUCCUUUGUGGGCAUGGGAUUUUGGUCGAUGAUUUCUAUAAAGAACCAGAGGACAGAGGUAGCCGAGCUCUGAUGAGCUAUAUCCCGAUCACUGUUUUCGAUAUUCACAGCCAGUCAAGAGAGAUUCUUGCUCACUAUGGUCCUCGUUAUCCGUACACGAUAGUCAAUGCGGACUUUGCAAAGUCACUAGGUCAUCAGUUGACUCGAUCUAGCCCUUUCCAAGGCGAGAAAGUCAUCUGUCUCAGCAUGACUUUUGCGAAUCCGGCUAGGAUGGCCACAGCUCAUGUCAUCCAAUGCAUAGUUGUUGACGGGCAUUUGCCAGGAAUAAACAUGAUCCUGAACGAAAAGGACUUCGAGACACUACACAGUCGAUCUGAAUACUGGGCACGAUGCGCAGUUGUGAUGAGACAGUACCAGAACAAGGCUCAAGCUCUUUUGGACGGGUCAUUGCUUCAAACAGGAGGGGUCGCCAAGGCCACAUUUCACGGCACCGAUGGCCUCCAGCAUCCCACUUGGAUGGUAUUUGGGACCACGCUGAGUCAUAGCGAGAUCAGCAAACACGCUUUGCGACUAAUCGAGCCAAAAUGGCAAGAUUCGCCUCAGUUGGUACGCUUGAAGAUAGAGGUUCGGCCUGGGACCGUUAACGAAAUUCAAUUCAAUCCUGUCACAGAUUUGAAAAAUGUGUGCCUGGGCAGUGGCCUGGACAAAGAAAUUAUGGAAGGUUUCAAUGUCAGCAUCACAAUUACGGACUGGGCGCGGCUGAUUGGGCUAUCUCCGCCAAAACCCUGCUCUUGCUGUUCGAACAAUUUGGACUAUGGCCUUUUUGACAAUGUCAUUAUUGAAAAUUCUACUGGCACGAAAUUCAAAGUGUGCGUCCUAUUUUCUCCAAAGGAGGGAAUACAGAGCACUAUGUUCUCUUCAGUCUAUCUCAAAUUCUCGAAGCUGAAAUCUUUAGGCUCAGAAAUCCGUUGGAAUUUAAAGGAUAUAUCCAAGGUAGAGGCCCUAAGAGAACCAGACAUAGCUCUCGGUCCGGAGGAUUCAAUGGAGCUAUUUUCUCAUGGGAAACAACCGCGAUUCUCGGCGCAAUCUGUUCCAACGAACAUAGAUGGCUUCUGCGGCUUUUGUCUGGAAGAUUUCACCGAUGACAUUGCGACAAAAUCCCUCUCAUGUUGUAAAGGGGUUCUACAUUCCCAUUGUUACGACGACUUGAGUCAGAAAUUCGAAAAAUGCCCUUAUUGCCGUAAACCGUUUCGAGGGCUUUGA